UUUUUUUCUUCGGCGGUUUCGGCUCGAGAGCUCCAUCCAGUAUGUCCAAGCGACGUGCGUCGGAGAGAGCGGCCGGAGAGACGUCGGGCAGGGCCGGCAAGCUGCAGUGUCCAGUGUACGCCGGCAUAUCUGGCGGCAACGCCAAGCGAGCUGGGCCCUUUGUCCUGGGGCCUCGUCUCGGCAACUCGCCAGUGCCCAGCAUCGUGCAGUGUCUGGCCAGGAAAGACGGCAGCGACGAUUUCUACCAGCUCAAAAUCCUGACGCUGGAGGAGGAGCGCGCCGACUCUGCCGGCGAGACGCAAGAGGAGAGGCAGGGCAAGAUGCUGCUGCACACCGAGUAUUCCCUCCUGUCUCUGCUGCACAACCAGGACGGCGUGGUCCACCAUCACGGCCUCUUCCAGGACCGGGCCUACGAAAUCGCCGAGGACCCCGAGGCCAACAAGUCGCGCAAGACGAAGAAGCGGAUCUGCCUGGUGCUGGACUGCCUGUGCGCGCACGACUUCGGCGACAAGACGGCCGACCUCAUCAACCUGCAGCACUACGUCAUCAAGGAGAAGAGGCUGGGCGAGCGCGAGGCCAUCGUCAUCUUCUACGACGUGGUGCGCGUGGUGGAGGCCCUGCAUAAGAAGAACAUCGUGCACCGAGACCUCAAGCUGGGAAACAUGGUGCUGAACAAACGGACGCACAGAAUCACCAUCACCAACUUCUGCUUAGGGAAACACCUGGUGAGUGAAGACGACCUGCUCAAAGACCAGAGAGGAAGCCCCGCCUACAUCAGCCCGGACGUGCUCAGCGGUCGCCCGUACCGCGGCAAGCCCAGCGACAUGUGGGCUCUCGGCGUGGUGCUGUUCACCAUGCUCUACGGCCAGUUCCCCUUCUACGACAGCAUACCUCAAGAGCUCUUCCGCAAAAUCAAGGCCGCCGAGUACUCGGUCCCAGAAGACGGCCGCGUAUCCGACAGCACGGUGUGUCUGAUCCGAAAACUGCUGGUGCUCGACCCUCAGCAGAGGCUGACCGCCGGCGAGGUGCUGCAGUCGCUCGGUGACAUCAUCGCCUCGUGGCAGUCCGUUUCGUCGCUGAGCGGCCCGCUUCAGGUGGUUCCGGACAUUGACGAUCAGGUCAACCACCACCCGGAGCAUCUGCAAGAGGCCAAAGUGACGGAGGAGUCGUCGCAGUACGAGUUUGAGAACUACAUGCGUCAGCAGCUGCUGCUGGCCGAGGAGAAGAACACCUUCCACGAGGCCAAGAGCUUCCUCAAGCGCCACUUCAACAGCCUGCCGCCGGUGCGGCGGCUGGGCCACGACGCCCAGCCCGUCAGCCCGCUGGACGCCGCCAUCCUGGCGCAGCGCUUCCUACGCAAGUAGAGCCCCCUCGUCUGCGCUCUCGCCGCGUAUUCCGGAGCGGCCGAGCCGUACGGGACCGCCGUCGUGUAGCAGCACCUCCGCCUUCCCCGCCAUGCCUCCUUUCCUUCUCUACUGUCAUCCCCCUUUUUGGAAAACCUUCAAGUCAAUCUACCUCUCCGUCUCUUCCUCCGUGUUGGUAAACCACGCUCACUGUUCUACCAAGCCACCGGCGACGUUCGUGUUUUCCCCCCGUCACGCCACGGGGAAAGAAACGACAAACCCUUCUCGAGUUUUGGACGGAAUAAGCUUUUUUUUUUUUUUUUUUGUCUUUCGUUUUUUUUUUUUUUUUUUUAGCAUUAUGACCUUGGAGUAGCAUUUGUAAUAUCCUAUUGAAGACGGACAUUAUGGGAGCACACGUUAGUACUGGUCGUCUCUUUCCCUAGCAUCAGGCAGCUUAGCGUGCGGAAAGCCUGGAAGUCGCCGCCACGCCAAGACCCCCCGAUGUUGGACGCUGCCUCGUUGUCCUCCUUGGUGUCACGGCCCAAAAAAAUCGCGAGGGGGGGCGGUGGGGGGCGCCACGGAACCGGUACCCGGCGCCUCAUUGGGAUUUGUAAUGGCUUCCAGGUAGUCUGACGAAGACCAGAUGAAAAGUGUGCUUUUGUUUUCCGGUAUGAAUGUGAACGACACUUUGACAUGUUUGCAUAGCCAAGUUGCGCAACGCAACGCGCGCGCGUCUCAAGCCAGGGCCCGCCGAGCCGGCGGCCAUCUUUAAGCUAUCCUCCAGUCUCUCGACGCUUUUCCACAGCGCGGUACCAGCUCCGGCUCUGCGAAAACCCUCCGAAUCCAUGCGGCGUUCAAUGCAAAUUUAAUCCCAAGGCGGGUGGCAAAACGGGGGCGCUGCUUCCGAGGGGAGACUGUGGAGUACACGGUUAGCAUUGGCUCAGUUUCUCUUUGGGGUGGUGUGGGGGGGGGGGGAUUUUUAAUUCCAAUGGGUCACCUCCAGUCACCUCCAAGAGGGCAGCAUUUAAAAAAAAAAAAAAAACAGCUGAGGGCUCCGGCCAAGUGGAGACUAUGGGCAGCGCGCAACCACGCCUUCCACAAGCUAGCAUGUUCAUUUUCUGGCAUUUC